CAACACGUGUAAUUCAUACUCUGCUAUAUAACACUGAAGCUGAAAUUCAAUGGAGCCUCGUCCGUGACUGCCGACCGGUGACAGCUUUCACGGCAUUCAUACUCUUCACCGCCGGGGAAAACUCCAUCGUUCUAUCUUCAUCAGCACUCAACAAAAGAUACCUGAAAUGGCUACUGUAACUGCUUCACACUUCGUAUCACGAAGCUCAUAUGUCAAUAAUGGAGUUGAAACCAGAGCCAGUUCGACACAGAUAGGCAUGAAGAGUCAAAUGAUGACUUACAACGGAUUGAGAUCUCUGAAUAAGUGUGAAAUUCUACAAAUUAGAAAGAAUUUAAAAGCUAAUUCCAAGCAUCUGAUCAGGAGAAGCCACAAGAACACUGCUGUUGGGAAAAUUGUCUGUGAACAUCCUAUGAGUGUGGUUUUUGUGGCAGCUGAGGUUGGACCGUGGAGUAAAACUGGAGGACUUGGUGAUGUGGUUGGUGGACUUCCACCAGCUCUUGCGGCCUUAGGACACCGAGUUAUGACAGUGUCUCCACGAUAUGAUCAGUACAAAGAUGCUUGGGAUACAAGUGUCCUUCUUGAGAUUCAAGUUGGUGACAAAGUCGAGACAGUUCGUUUCUUCCACUGCUAUAAACGUGGUGUGGAUCGUGUCUUUGUGGACCAUCCAAUCUUCUUAGAGAAGGUUUUGGGAAAGACUGGCUCAAAGCUGUAUGGUCCUAAUGCUGGGACUGAUUAUGUUGAUAACCAACUUAAGUUUAGUUUGCUAUGUCAAGCUGCUUUAGAGGCACCAAGGAUUCUGAAUCUAAACAACAACAAAUACUUCUCUGGUCCUUAUGGGGAGGAUGUUGUCUUUGUUGCCAAUGAUUGGCAUACCUCACUUAUUCCAUGCUAUCUAAAGUCCAUAUACCAAUCUAAAGGGAUCUACAUCAAUGCUAAGGUUGCUUUCUGCAUUCAUAACAUUGCUUACCAAGGAAGAUUUGCUUUCACAGACUUCAAUUAUCUCAAUCUACCAGACGAAUUUAAAGUCUAUUUUGAUUUUAUCGACGGGUAUGAGAAACCUGUAAAAGGGAGGAAAAUUAACUGGAUAAAAGCUGGAAUACUAUUGUCUGAUAUUGUUGUGACAGUGAGUGAGUAUUAUGCUAAGGAGCUUAUUUCGGGAGAGGAUAGAGGUGUGGAAUUGAAUAAUGUGAUCCAGUUAGUUGAAUUAAUUGGUAUUGCAAAUGGCAUGGACGUUCAGGAGUGGAAUCCAUCUACUGAUAAACACAUUGCUGUUAAAUACGAUAUCGAUACUGUUACAGAGGCAAAAGGGCUUUUGAAGGAAGCUCUUCAAGCUGAGGUUGGGCUGACUGUAGACAGAAAUAUCCCUUUAAUUGGUUUCAUUGGUAGAUUGGAAGAACAGAAAGGGUCAGAUAUUUUGGCUGAAGCAAUUCCUGAAAUAGUUGUGGAGAAUGAUGUUCAGAUUGUUAUUCUUGGUACUGGAAAAAAGAGUUUUGAGAAGCAGUUAGAACAGCUUGAAAUCAAGUAUCCUGACAAAGCCAGAGGAAUUGCCAAGUUUAAUGUUCCUUUGGCUCAUAUGAUUACAGCUGGAGCUGAUUUCAUGUUGGUUCCUAGUAGAUUCGAGCCGUGUGGUCUCAUUCAGUUACACGCCAUGCGAUAUGGAACCGUGCCAAUUGUUGCAUCAACUGGUGGAUUGGUGGACACUGUAAAAGACGGUUUCACAGGAUUCCAAAUGGGUGAAGCUUUUAAUGUUGAUUGCGAGACAAUAGACCCUGUUGAUGUUGCUGCUGUGGUGAAAUCUGUAUCGAGAGCUCUUUCAACCUAUGGUACUCCAGCAUUAACCGAAAUGAUAAGAAAUUGCAUGUCUCAAGAUCUUUCUUGGAAGGGACCGGCGAAGAAAUGGGAACAAGUGCUACUCCGCCUUGGAGUAGCCGGAAGUGAACAAGAUACGGAUGGCGAGGAAAUUGCUCCACUUGCAAAAGAGAACGUGGCUACACCAUAAUUAGGUAAAUUAACUAGUUCCACAUGUAUAAUAACUAAUAAAGUUGAUCUGUAUUAGUUUUAUUUUAUAAAAAUGAUUUGGAUAUAAAGACUGAAUUAUGUAAUAGAUCUAGAAUGUGUGCUCUUUAAGAAGAGAAUUAGAAUAACUUUUGGAAAUUAAAUUAAUUUUCUUUGUAUGUGUUGAAAAGAUCUGAAAUGGAAUGUUUGUUGCUCAAGGUAAGUUCUUAAUAUUAGUUAU